ACUUCCAUGUGACUGUUGACUACGGUGCCAUUUUCUAAUAUGUCCGCCCCCAAAGAAGACACGUUUUCCAACGAAGACGGUGAAAUGGAGGAGAUGGAAGCGAGUGACAGUGAUGACGGGAUGGAGGAAGAGAAAGAUGCGGGAGAAGGACCAAAUAAAGUUUAUGUCCCCGGAAUAGAGCCUCUAAAACCAGGAGAAGAGCUUGAAAUGGACCGGUCUGCCUACCGCUUGUAUCACGAGUGUCAGACGGGUGCUCCUUGUCUUAGUUUCGAUGUGUUGAAAGAUGAGGACGGAGAAGGAAGGGAACAGUAUCCCAUGUCGAUGCUACUGUGUGCAGGUACUCAGGCAGAGUCCGCUAACCUUAACAGACUCCUUGUCAUGCGCAUGCACAACCUGCAUGGCACAGAGAAAGAGAAAGAAGAGGAAGAGAGCAGCGAUGGGGAGAGUGAUGAUGAAGAUGAUGAUGAAGACAAGAAGCCUCAGUUAGAACUGGCCAUGGUUCCACAUUAUGGCGGAAUCAACAGAGUUAGACUGAUCCAGCAUGGGGAGCUGUCAUUGGCUGCUGUGUGGUCAGAGAAAGGUCAAGUUGAAAUUUUUAACCUCAGACCACAGUUGGAGGCUGUUCAUAGCUCAACUGCCAUGGCAACGUUCCUGAAGCAAGAACAGAAGGAGGCCACGCCCAUGUUUAGUUUUUCAGGUCACAUGACUGAAGGCUUUGCCAUUGAUUGGUCAUCCAAAGUACCUGGUCGCUUGGUCAGUGGGGACUGCAAGAAGAAUAUUCAUGUCUGGGAACCACGAGAAGAUGGGGCUUCCUGGCAGAUUGAUCAACGACCUUUCAGCUCACAUACCAAGUCAGUAGAGGACCUCCAGUGGUCACCCACAGAAGCAACGGUUUUUGCAUCCUGCUCAGUGGACCAGUCCAUUCGCAUCUGGGACAUCCGUGCUCGGCCUAACUCCAUGCUCUCAGCUGAUCAGGCCCACUCCUCAGAUGUGAAUGUAAUCAGCUGGAAUCGGAGUGAACCUUUCCUUCUGUCAGGGGGUGAUGAUGGACUGCUGAAAGUGUGGGACUUAAGGCAAUUUCAGUCUGGCCGACCAGUUGCCACCUUCAAACAGCACAGCGCCCCUGUGACAUCAGUGCAGUGGAACCCGCUGGACUCCAGUGUCUUCGCUGCCUCAGGUGCCGAUGAUGUCGUCAGCCAAUGGGAUCUUUCUGUGGAAUCAUGUGACGCUGGAGCAAACGCAGACUCCUUGAAGGAAUUGCCACCACAGCUGCUGUUCCUGCAUCAGGGCCAGACAGAAGUGAAAGAAAUCCACUGGCACCCGCAGAUUCCAGGAGUUUUAAUCUCAACGGCCUUGUCAGGCUUCAACGUGUUCAGGACAAUCUCCGUUUAGCUGUUGUGUCACUCACCCUCAGCUUUAUCAGUGUAUAUAACAUAACUGUUCAUGCAUCUUGACUCUUUCUCCUUUUCAUUUGAAGACAGUGGCCAUGUUCUGCUUUUAGGGUUUCCUUCAGAAUUCAGGGUCUUGUGCAUGUGUCCUGUGUAAUAAAACUAAAAUAUUCAAAUUAUCAAAA